UUCAAUCGUUCAAUUUACAUGGGCUAUCAACUGCCGGGACACCACUGAAGGGAACGCUGUGCUCGAUUGCUCGGAUUGCAUGUUUUGCCAGACGCUAAGCGCUGGCGGCAAUACGCACACCGGAUGUGGCUGCGGCGUUCAGUCCCUUCUAGACAAGCAGACGAAGUUCAAGUUCGACCCGUGUGACGAAGAAGGCCAGACCACCAACGACAAGGGACAAAUCCGCAGAUUU